AUGACCUCAACAACUCUGCAAUACACCCAACCCAACCCAUCACCGUAUGGCUUUAACACCUCUGGUCCACCUCCUUACGGAAGCAAUACACCCAACCCAUCACCGUCUGACCUCAACACCUCUGGUCCUUCACCCGACAGAGGCCAUGCAGCUCACCUGGCACCAAACAGGAGAGAUGCAUGCAACUCAUCUGACGACGGCAACAUCCCUGGACAGCAGGAAGAAAAUGCAUGGACACCAUGUGAUAGAUGCAAGGGGGAGGUUGAAAAAAUCCUUCAUGAAAAAAGAAGAAUCAAUGAAGUUAUCUCAAGAAUAGAUCCAGGCCAGGUCAGAGAGCUUCAGACACUACUGGAGCUCAUUGGAGAGAGGCAUCAUGACGGCGCAACAUCUACAUUAGGCCAGCAGGAGCUCUUUCCUGGGAGCGGCGUAUUAAUAUCCUCGUUCCGCCUUGCUGCCUUGCAUCAAGCAUCAAAACCAAACAGCAUGCGUCUCUUUCAUGCACUUUUUGACCAUUUCUUCACUUUGGAGGAAUGUAAAAAUGCAGUCCCCUUUGGCCGACCUGGCAACAACCCCUCAGGAAGAGGAAAACGGGUCCUUGACCGCAAAAAGGUUGACAGAAUCCUAACUUAUGUCCUGAGAUGUGGCACUCUGCCUGGUUGGGAUGAAAUCGAGGAGGCCAAGCUCAAGAAAGCCUUUGUCAACAAAUGUAGGGCCAGAGCAAAUUCUAAGGCAUAGGCCACUGCUGUAGUCUACAGUAUGUGGAGUGUGUUCUUUCUCACCCUUGUUAAGUUUAGGUUUUGUAGUACGGAGUGUGUUCUUUUUCAUGGACCAAAGGUGUUAAGACCGUACCAAGUUGAG